AUGUCUAAAGUCGAGUAUAACGAGGUGAUUGCUCUCCUCUUCACUCUUCAUCCACAGUCUAGUCGAGACUGCAACAACACCAAGGACUCCAAGAACUUCUCCCUCAGUCUCACCAUCCUCUCAAGAUCUCCAAGCUCCGAAAUCCGGGUCCAGCACCAAAACGCGUACUUCUUUAUCCUCGCGACCUUCGCAACGUUACUGCUGAUCUCGACCUGCACCUCUGCUGCACCAGCGCCACAUGUGGUCAAGACCGAGCUCAGUGAUAUCUUUAAGGGAACUGUGCGCCCGAUCUCAGGAACUGUGCCAAUGAUGGUGGCUGUUGCUACGGAAGUUACCAGUCCGGUGCGGACAUUUGCCUCUUCCGGUGAAAUCCAUACUCCUCUCCUUUUUUUCAUGGCUGUCACCCUCGGCUAA